GACUUUGGGUCGGCAACAACGGUUGGCCCUCAACAGUAUCCAAGGAAGGCAUUUAUGUCAAUCCAUUCUAAUCAUAUCAUCUGCCUCUGGGUCUGGGGGCUCGUAGAUCGGCCGCUGCUCAAGUUGGCACUGCAACAUGAUACUCCACGUUGUGCGAUAUAUGCCGACGGUAUGAUCCACGUGGGAGGCGAAUCCGGCUGUGUGAGAAGUAUAGAGCUCGCUAAGGCUCAGGAGUGUGGCUUGGCAGCAAGACAGGGUGAUCUUGAGUCUGGCAACCAUGGGUCUAGCUUGCUAGCAAGACAGUGUCAUCCUGCGUUUCAAACCCAGGGCACGGCCAUCAAUUAUCUCAGUAGGUACGAGGAUUAUCUCAUGACUUGUAGCGGCCGGGAGGUUAUCCUUUUGGACCCAGUGUCCGGCGCACAGAGGCAUUUAUGUCUUGAAGGGACCGAUUUGAGCAUCGAAAUCCAAAUGGCUCGGGUAGUCCACGCACAGUGGGUAAAUUACUUGAUGGUCGUUGGCGUAGCCUCGAACCAAACCUUGUGGGCCGCCACCCUGAAAUGGGACGAUCUCCGCCGUCUACAUUUUGAGUGGGGUCUGCUCCCCCAGAGUACCGUGCACUAUCAAGCUGACAGUCAGGAAUUGAUAUGGAAGCUUUCGGGCCAUGUUCAGUGGGACUACAAGGUCCAAGCGGUGCGAGAUCUGACGGAGGACGGGGAGGUGGUGGUCCACACCACUGACGGAAAGUGUUGGCAGCUGCACCUCGCAGCUCGCUGCGCUACUAUCAUUCAAAACAUCUCCCCCGCCGCACAUUACGUGUCGGGGGGGCACAUGUCCGAUCGGUUUUGCAUUAUGUCGUGUCCCGACUCUGAGAAGGAAGGGGUUGCUAUGUGCGAAGUCGUCGAAGACCGGUCGUGGCAAGCGCCAGACCUACCGGAUAUCCAUGAGCCGGUCUUCCGGACAUCGGAGAGUCAAGAAAGGUUUUGA